AUGGCAACUCGAACAUCGACACGUUCGACAAAAGCUGUCAAAUUCAUUGAUUCUGCUGAUUCGGAUGACGAUGAAGAUAUAAAUAAAGCGAAUUCUUCGGAAAUCAAAGCUGAAGGCAAGAAGCCUCGAGGUCGACCACCCAAUUCACGUCGAAAUCAAACAAAUGAUGAUGACGAUUGGGAUGCUGGAAAUGAACAAAAUAUUGAUGAAGAUGAAGACGAUGACAUUGGUGAUGAUGACGAUGAUGGAAUGAUUGAUCGUAAUUCAGGACAAGAUGCUACGAAAAAAUUUCCUGCCAAUCGAUCUGACAAUUCAGUUUACGACUUUAGUGAGGCACCAAGAAAAUGGACAAAAUCCCCACAACAAAGACCUACAUCAUUACCUAAAGCAGCUACUGCUGACAGUGGAAAAUCUCUGGAAAAACUAAUGUGUUCCUAUUGUAAUUAUACAACAACGAAAAAGUAUCUUCUGCAGCGACAUUUAAAAUCUCAUUCAACUGAACGGCCGCAUAAAUGUGCGUACUGUGAACGGUCGUUUAAAACAACAAUUCAAUUAACAAAUCAUGUCAAUACACAUCUUGGUGUCAAACCAUUUCAAUGCAAAUUCUGCCCGUUUUCCUUUACAACUAGUGGAGAAUUAAUUCGUCAUGUUCGAUACAAACAUACUCUUGAGAAACCACAUCGCUGUGAUGAAUGUGGGUAUGCAACAGUUGAAUUAAGCAAAUUACGACGGCAUAUUCGUACACAUACGGGAGAAAAACCGUAUGCUUGUCCGCACUGCAGUUAUUGUAGUCCAGAUACGUUUAAACUUAAAAGACAUCUGCGUGUACAUACAGGUGAAAGACCGUAUCAAUGUACUAUCUGUAGUUUUCGAUUUACUCAAAGCAAUAGUUUGAAAGCUCAUAUGUUAACUCAUCAAGCUGAAAAGCCAUCUUAUCCAUGUUCUUAUUGUCCAUCAGUUAUGGCUCGCAAAUCGGAUCUUCGUUAUCAUAUUAACAAACAACAUGCACGACAAACAGAACCAUUGCCAUGCAACAAAUGCGACGAAGAUUUUCCUGACAAAUAUACGUUACGUAUGCAUGGAAAAACUCAUAAAGGUCAAACCAUUCAUUCGUGUACACAAUGCGAAUUUUCUGCUAAUACCAGUCAACAAUUGGAUGAUCAUAUGAAUAAACAUCGUGGCACACAACCGUUCCAAUGCAGUGAAUGUGGUCUAAUGUUUGCUGCUCGCGCUGAUUUACGUGCACAUGUGACACGUACGCAUCGAAACUCAUCGACAGUCGUUAAUCGUCGUCCACAACGACGUGCCGCAUCAUUAAAUCAUCGUUUUAUUGGCGUGGAAGAUGGACAUAUCGAGCAAAAUGAUGAAGAAGAAGAUCAACAUCGUUGUUCGAUAUGUCAACGACAAUUUACAUCGGCGAGAUUACUAGAUCGACAUAUGUAUGCUGUGCAUGAAGCACAUCAUGAUGUGUACGAUGAAAGAACUUAUCGAACAAACGAAAUCGAUCGCAGAAAUCAUGCUGUUGACGACGAUGAUGAUGUUCAUGAUUAUGCCGACGAUGAACUGGAAGAAAAAAAUCAAAAAGUUGAUGUUAAAACCGAGACUGUGCUUGAAAGAAAUGACGAUGAAAACGAAGGAGACGAAGAAGAAGACGAUUUGGCACCGCAUGUUGAAGAUAUUCUUGAUGGCGACGAUGAUUUUGAAGUUCUACCAACAAUCAAAUCUGUUUCAUCGGCUAAUAAAAAACGCAAUGGUCCCGCGGAUCGAUAUAGUUCAAAUCGAAAGAAAACAAUGAUGAAUCAAGAUUCGUUCGUAUCCAACGAUGAUGAAAAGCCCGACUUGGAUGUGUUUGGUUUCAAUGAUUGA